GCCUAGGCUAAAGUGGCAUGCUGGUUUGACGAAAUUUGUUCGUGAUCAAGGACCUUAGAAUAUUUAAUUCUAUUCAUAACCUUCUUGACGCUGACCUGGAAGCUUGAGGCUUGUGACUUGGUGGACUUGGGUAUUGCGAGCACCGAGCGGCUUUGCUAGUUGCUACAACUAGGCCUAGGGAACAACUCAGCCGCCAACACACUCGCCCGCUGUGUUUUGUCUGCAGCACACACACACACAUCCUUCGUACAUUCAUUCUUUUCCCCGAGAUUCUACCUUCCUGGUCGAAGCUUCUGUGUUGAUAUCCUGGAUUCGGGUAAAAAAGGACAUUAAAGUUAUCGUGGACUUUGUCCCUGGACACAGCAGUCACCUUCACCCCUGGUUCCAGAAGAGUGUGAGACGAGAGGAACCCUACACGGACUACUACGUGUGGCAUGACGGGAAGACGGGCGACAACGGGGAGAGACUGCCGCCAAACAACUGGCUGAGUGUGUUUGGCGGAUCGUCCUGGGCCUGGAAUGAAGAGAGAGGACAAUUUUACUUCCGGCCCUUCCUCCCUGAACAACCCAAACUCAACUACAGGAAUCCGCGAGUGGUGGAAGAGAUGAAGAAUGUGCUCCGGUUUUGGAUGUCUCGGGGCGUGGACGGGGUGAGGGUAGACGCCGUCUCCGAGAUCAUGGAGACCAAUACGAGUACUUGAACCAUAUCCACACGAGCAUGCACCCAGAAGGCUUUCCUCUGAUCAGAGGAUGGAGAGAUGUCAUGGACGAAUACGAGAAAAAGGAUGGAAAGAGCAGGUUUAUGGUGAUAGAAAUCUACGCUCCUGCCAAAAGUCGAAAUGUGUACCGUGAGUUUGGCGGAAAUCCCUUCAACAUGGACCUGGUAGACCUUGAAAGGUCAGGGCUGUCUGGUCAGUCCUUGAAGUCACUCAUUGAAGAGGAGUACUCCAAUAUUGGAGGGGGCUGGCCUACUUUUGUUCUGGGCAAUCAUGACCGAAACAGACUGACCUUCAGGUUUGGCCGAGAGUUUGCCGAUGUUUUGAACAUGCUGCUGCUCACUCUCAAAGGCACACCCACUACCUACUACGGCGAGGAGCUGGCUAUGUCGAACAUUGAGGUCUCCUUUGAGGAUACUCAGGAUCCUUUUGGCAAGAACAUGGGACCGGAGCGCUAUGAACUGUUCUCCCGAGACCCCUGCCGCUCACCUAUGCAGUGGGACAACACCCGACACGCUGGCUUCACAAAAAGCGACCAUCCCUGGCUGCCUGUACACCCAGAUUACGCUAACUGUAACGUGAAGACACAGACAAAGUCUGAUGGGUCAAGCACGUCUUUGACUCUGUACAAAGCUCUUGCUACGCUAAGACAGAAGCCUGCCUUUCUGUGCGGGGGAAUUGAGUUCGCAAUCUGCAACAAAGAGGUAUUUUCCUACAUCCGGGAAGACAAAACUUCUGGCGAGCGCUAUCUGGUGGCCCUGAAUGUGGGCAAAGUUCCCGCCCUCUCAGACUUCAGCGGGUCACCUGUGAACGCCACAGUGGAGAUCUGUACAUGCUCAGCCAGCAAGCGCUUGACCACUGGUCAGACUGUUAGUUUGCAAGGACUGACUCUGAAUCCUGGGGACGGUGUAGUGCUCAAACUUUAAUUACAACUCGGCAUGUUUCCCUUUUAUUAAGUAGUUUGUUUGUUUUUUUUAAGAUUUGUUUUCAUUUAUUCUAUUUGAGCAAAUUCCUUUUAAAAAAAGAAGAGUUGUACGUUUAUAUUUUUACUUUUAGACACAGUGUGUUUCUUUUUAUAACAUUUCUUUUAUAUCUUUCAUAGUUGCAGGUCUACAUGUUUCUUAUUUUAUAAUAAUGAUAUUAAUAAUAAAUAAUAAUAAUAAUAAUAAUAAUAAUAAUAAUAAUAAUAAUAAUAAUAAUAAUGAUAAAUAAAUAAUUGCAUCUAUAUACCGCAUAUCCACACGACAGCAUGCUCUUUACAACCAUUUUUACAACAGCACACGCAAAAACAUCCACAAACAGUCUUGGCUUCCUGGUAACCACAUUGUGCAAGCAGCCAAUUAAGCGCACUCUAACAAACUGACAAGAUCUUUCACCGACUAUAGUCGGGUACCCAUUGAUAUAAAGUGCCUUUCCCAAAAAUGCAAUGUCGGGCCCCUGAUGGGUUUCGAACCCAUGACCUUUCUGUUAUGAGCCUGAUCACUUAAGCACAAGAUAUCUGAUGCCUUGACACAGUAGUCUUUCUGGACAACUCUGGGCAACAGUAACAAGGACCCACAAAGGAUAUAUUUGUGUUUAAAUUAAUUACCACUGUUGUCCCAACAAUGAUUUUCUUGAUGUAACAAUACAUCUUAGAAGACAUGAAAAUAAUAUCUUCAGAGUAAGAACACAACACACGAAACUUAGAAGCGUACGUGUACAGAUGUUUUAAAGUAGUUCAGUCCCCAAAAUAUCAGAGUGGAGAAGCGGACCAGACUGUGGAACUAUACCCCCCGGCAAUACAGGACAUACAGGGCCCUGAGACAGGAGACAUGGCCAACCCAAGUAGCACUGCAGAAGACAGCUGUUUGAGCAGACAUAAAGACUGAGCAAGACGGCCCAGUACAGUCCAGUCCAUUUAUAACAGCUUCUGUUAUAACAGGAACUUGGAUAUAACAGUGAUAAAUCAAUUCCCCUUUUUUUCUAAAUAAGUGUAAGAAAUAUGAACCCAGGAUCCCAGUCAGAGAUGAGGCAGGAAGAAGGCGGUGGCGAUGGAUUGGACAUAAUCUCAGGAAGUCAGGC